AUGUCCGGUGGUCGACCAGCCACUCAGAGACUGAAAUUGGCCUCGCCUUGGAUUGUGUCAACUAUCCAAACAGCAACACAAAUCGGGCUCGGCCAACCGCUACCUCCUUCGCAACUGGAUAACGGCCGCAUGUGCGUUUGUCCCGAUGUGAAUUUCUUGAUUCUGCGCACAAGUGUGGCCUACGCUCUUCCGCUGGUACUCAGUGUCACUUUGCUUUUCCUGGCUGCGCAUAAACUUCGACACUAUCACAACUGGCCGAUUGACAGUGAACGACAUGAUAGCAAAGGCGUCAGUACAGACAACACACGAGGCAAUAGCGGGCAGAGAUCAUCGCUUUCGGUGGAUGGAUCAUUUGGAUUAGCGAGUGAUGCAAUACCAAAUACGAAACACAGUAGCCCCAUUGUGGUUUUAGCAAUAAAUACAGACAAUAAUCUCAGUUGUUAUCUUGAUGGCUGCUCCCCGACGGUGCCAAAUGCUGAAGGACCAACGUCAGAUGUUCUUUAUAAUUCACCCGCUUACAUUUCCGUUUCAUCGGUCUGCGAUGCAAUCGAGGUGAGUCAGCACUUGAGGUCUUCAGAUCUUGGAAAGCAAAUCGGCUUGGACAUAAUUCAGUCACAUCAACCAGUUGAAACUCAAGCUGACCAAGGACCGAUGACAAAUGAGCAGUCAGAUAAAAUGGACCAAGCACUUCAAAGAUAUGAUGCGGUAAAUGAUUUCCUUCAGGACCCGGUCAGGCUGUUGGAUCAUUUUUGUCCAACUCACGGACACGUUGUGGUCACAGUGCCUACCGGAUGUAUUGACACAAUCAAGCCUUCCGUUCCUCAACUCAUAGCAGACCAUAUGGAUAUGAAGGAAAAGACGGCUGUGCAACAUUCACAGCUUACAUGUGCCACAACGGAGCUGCAGGCAAGGAACAGUCCUUCACUGUCAAACACUACAGUAGUACCAAAAAAUGACACGUCUGUUUCUCAUGCUUCCCCUAAAUGUGAUACAGUGUUGCGGGAACCAAGAACACACAACCGGAACAAGCGGCUUUCUUCUCCAAACAAGUCAUGUUCCCCAUUAAGCCAACGACUACGUAAUGAAAGGUUGGCAAUUAAGUUGAACACGGUCACCUGCGCCCUAUCAAUUGCCCUGUGGGCACCUUACGUGACAGCAACGCUAGCGCACUUGCUACUGUCAGCAACACGAUAUAGUCACUUGGUAUCCGUCCAUACCCUAAUGCAUUUCAAAUGGCUGUCUUACACUAGCUCUUUUGCCUAUGCAAUUGGUUGCGCUGCAGUAGACCGCCAAUUAUUAACCGUGGCCUUGCACAGCUUACGCUUCAGGAGACUGGCGUAUCGAACAUGAGCCGACCAUAUUACAUUUCUAACUUUACGUUGUCACCCAUUUUAUUGCCUGAUUUGUGAAGCAUUUGCUUUUGAUUGUGAC